GUGCAGUCUAUACUCCCCCCCCCACACACACACAUACUGUAUAGACGUAAGAGCAAGACGAAGCACGAUGCAUGUUUUACUGGAAAUUGUGUGGCUGCUGCUUGUUAUUGUCUAUUCAUACUUGGAAUCCUUUGUUAAACUCUUCAUUCCACUGAAAAGGAAAUCUGUGAAAGGGGAAGUUGUGCUGAUCACAGGGGCUGGACACGGAAUAGGAAAGAUCACAGCGCAAAUAUUUGGUGAACUUGAAAGUGUACUGGUUCUGUGGGACAUAAACAAGCAAGGAGUUGAGGAGACUGCUGAAAAGUGCAGAAAGGGCGGAGCUAAAGUUUAUACUUAUGUUGUGGACUGCAGCAAGCGUGAAGAAAUCAACACAGCGGCCAACAAGGUGAAGCAAGAAGUUGGCGAUGUUACGAUCUUAAUAAACAAUGCCGGGAUUAUUUUCUGUGCUGAUGUUCUAACACUUCAGGAUCAGCAAAUUGAAAAAAUAUUUGAAGUGAACAUACUAGCUCAUUUUUGGACCACAAGAGCUUUUUUACCUUCGAUGCUAAGGAACAAUCAUGGACACAUUGUUACAGUUGCUUCAUCAGCAGGUUUUGUUGGUGUUCAAUUCAUGGUAGACUACUGUUCAACCAAGUUUGCUGCACUUGGUUAUCACAAGGCCCUGACAGCUGAACUGUUGGCAUUGGGAAAGUCUGGAAUCAAGACAUCAUGUCUUUGUCCUGUUUUUGUUGAUACUGGCUUUGUGAAAAACCCAAGCUUAAGACUUGCUCCUGUGUUGCAGCCGGAAGAGGUUGCACAAACCUUGGUGGAUGGUAUUUUAAUCAAUAAGAAGAUGAUUUGUGUUCCUUCUUCUGUUUCACUUGUUCCAGUGUUGGCAUUUUUCCUUCCAGAGCGUGCUUUGAAUGCUUUGAACGAAUUUCAGAAUUUAAAGUUUGAAGCCAAAGUUCAUAGCAGAGAUAAGGAUAAGUAGAUUUACUCUACAUUCAUGUGUUCACCAUCAAGUGACAGUAUAUGGAACUGUGCUAUCACCAACUGCUGACACACUCAUUUAUUACAGAGGACUAAUACAUUUCCAUGAGUUACGUGGUUUUAUUACAUCUUUUACAGACUUUCUAGUCUUUUAAUUUUCUAUUAAAAAAACUAAUAUGAAUUGCAGUUGUACAGCUAUUCGCUCACUGUAAUCCCUUGGAUCUUUAUUAAACCGUUCAUACUUUUUAUUAUGUA